AGCUCGGUUUGGUUUAACCACAGUCUGCGUUCGCUGCUGGUCGCCAGGAAGGUCAGGGUCAGCAAAUAUGUCUCUUCUAAUGAGAUUUUUCACUUUAGUUGUCAACGUGCUCUGCCUGCCCCUUCAUGUGAUACACGCCGUCGGCCUGUAUGAAAUAUACAAACGUGUCUUCCCAAUUUGUCUGUACCGGAUUUCUAUAACGUACAACAAGAAAAUGCACGACAAGAAGAAGGAGCUGUUUCGCAGUCUGCCAGAGUUCAUCAAGCCUGGCGGACAGCUAACACUUUUGGAAAUCGGCUGCGGCACCGGCACAAAUUUUGAGUUUUAUCCGCCCGGUUGCAAGGUGAUCUGCACUGAUCCGAAUCCUCAUUUCCAGAAAUAUCUGGAUAAAAGCAUGGGCGAAAAUGACCACCUCACAUUUGAGAGAUUUGUGGUGGCAUCGGGGGAAGAUAUGGGGUCAGUUGAGGACGGAUCGGUAGACGUUGUUGUCUGCACCCUGGUGUUGUGCUCUGUCAACAGCAUACCGCAAACUCUGCGAGAGGCGCACCGUAUCCUGCGGCCAGGUGGAGCCUUCUUCUUCUUAGAGCAUGUCGUUGCAGACGCCUCAACUUGGGCAUACUUCUUCCAGCACGUUCUUCAGCCUGCAUGGUACUAUUUCGGUGAUGGAUGCGAGGUCACCCGUGACACGUGGAAACAUCUGGAGGCAGCUGGAUUCUCUGAACUCAAACUGAGACACAUUCAAGCUCCAUUCCUGUUCUUAAUCAAACCGCACAUUGUAGGCUAUGCUGUAAAAUAAACUGAGUCAAAUUAGCUUUGUAGUAAGCCGACCUCACAACUAGUGUGUGAAUAUGCCAAUCACUUAAUGCCUCUCCUCUCCAUUGUCAUGUGAUUGAUCACCAGUGAUAGAGAUAAUAGUCACUUUGAUACUAAUUUUAUUUUUCUACUGAAAGAAACUUUCAGUGUUUAUGUUUCGGUAAGACAAAUGAUGUUAACACGUUGAAUAAGCACCUUACAUAGACAGCACACAAUAUUGAUUUUGUAUAUUGAUAAGGUUAAAAAAUGUCUUAUGUUUUUUUAUCUCUGUCCUUCAUUCCUCACUCCCAAAUUGCUUGCUAAUAAAUCAAUCUAAUACUGCCGUAGAGAAGUGCUCUCUGUCAGAGUUUAUCUGUGUGCUACUGCUGUAUUGACAGUAUUUGUAGACUGCCUUUGAUGAUCUGACACCUAUGUACAUUUUGUUGUGAUUAAAGUGAUUCUGUCAAAAUGUUAGUGAUUAAAGAGUUGAA